AUGGUUGCAGCGUCGUCGGCUUCGCGGUCAAAGUCCGUGAAACGCCUGAAGAAAGGAACAGAGACGACUAAGAACUAUCGAUUCGAGCCGUUUUCGCAGCGCGUCGCAAAACUCAAGAUCGAUCCGAUUCACCGUGUGCGCCGGCCAAGCUUUGGUGAAGAUGAGGGGGAUGAGAACUCGUCACAUUUCCGAUCCGCAUUCGAUCACUGGACCGAGUUGAACUUGUCCGACAAUUUUACGCAGUUCGCCCGUCGAGUUAAUCCGCUAUGCGAAAGUUUAGUUCAGAUCCUGUACCACGAGGACAGGAUAAUGGGGUUGUUAGUGGAGUUCAUUGAGAAGAGGGAUCAUUUGUCUAUGGAGCCGCUCCUGAGUCUCCUCGCUCAGUUUGCCAGGGAUCUGGGAGUGAGAUUCGAAAAGCAUUUCGCUACCUCGGUGACCCUCGUGGCCUCCAUCGCUGCUACUCAUCCUGAAGUCGAGGUGGUUGAAUGGUGCUUUUCUUGUCUUGCGUGGAUCUUCAAAUUCCUUUCCCGGCUCUUGGUCCCGGACUUGAGACAGCUUUUAAGCAUCAUGACCCCGUAUCUCGGAAAAGAACGCCAGAAGCCAUUUGUGGCGCGGUUUGCCGCAGAGUCGAUGUCAUUUCUUAUCCGAAAAGCAGGAUUAGUUUAUUAUAAGAACAGUACACCCUUACAGCGUGCGGUUUCAUACCUACUCGACGACUUGCGUCAAAUGGCAGCGGAGUCUAAGAAUGUGGAGAUAUACAAGGAAGGGCUGAUGGCUAUGUUUUCUGACGCUAUUAAAGGUGUUAAGAGCGGUCUCCACUCAAAUGGCGCUGAUAUCUUCAGUUGCAUAUUGGAAAACGUGCCUACAGAUGAUGACUUGCGUAGUAGCCUGGGUCUGGACGUUGCGAGCGGCAUCCUGAUCAACAUCAUGCAUAAUACAGUUUCUGACACUUUUGAACCAAUACUGGACACGAUAAAGUCGCAUAUUGAAGUCCAUUGCCGAAAGGCCGAUACACGACAGGCUAAGUCAUAUUGCCGCUUAAUCUUCCUGUGUAUUUCUACUCGCAAAGGCUCGCGAGUAAAGAACUGGAAAACGGUACACCAGACCUUGCUACUCUUGCUGCAAUCUGCUGCGGCUGCGCCUGGUGCGUAUGCUGAAGCGACAAACCAGCUUCUCACCGGGGUGGCAUAUGCCCUUCAGGUGUCUCCCAUGGAUGAAAUGCUACCGUUUAUGCGUUCGAUCAUGGACACCGUAGCAAGCGAUGCGCUCUCAAACUAUUUCCUGUCAUUCUGCGCCAUUUUCUCUGAGUGGGGCGCAGAGAGGUUCCAUGGCGUGGUCCUUCCUUAUUUCCAGAAGUUUGUCAACUCUUCGUGGCAAGAGCGAGAAUACGAACUUUGUUUGAUAUUGCUUCGGUUGAAUCAGGCUGGCUGUAUAACUUCGGAAGUUUCCAAGCCUGGCUACAUCACAUGCCCGGCACCCUGGAAAGCCAGGAUCAAGAAGACUUUGGAAGCUCAGCGUCCUAGCGUUACGGAGGUAACGCUUCUUAAUGCAUAUUCGAAGCUUCCCAGUGCCCUAUCCCUAUCCACAGAACCUUCUCUCCUCCCCAACAUGACCGAAAGCUUCCAUGGUCAUCUAUCUCGCGCAUUGAAGACCAACGAGUCUGAACCGUCACUUUCGACCAAGUUCUUCAUUGGCCAAGGCUUCAAAGCUUAUGUGGAGCUGGCAUCGAACUGUGGAGAGGUCGACUCAAGUCUGUGGGACCAGAUUAGCGGCAUAGCUUCUAGAUACUCUCGCCUACCUGUUUUCCUCGAGGCAACCUUGGCCUACGUCUCGGCUUGCUCCAAAGAACUUGACCUGAACAAGCCUGCCUUGGGUGAGUUUGCGGAUGUAUUGAUUACGAAUCUUGCCGGGCCAUCUCAUGAGUUGAGGCUUGUGUCCCUUAAACUCCUUCGGGAAAUUAUCCAAGCUUCUGGCGAUGAUCCUUCCCUGAUUUCUUUGGCUAUCGAAGUUGAAGAAAGCCCCCUUACACUGCAGUCCGCUAGAGAGCUGUCUAUGCACGUACGUAAGAUGGCUAUAUCCUAUCCUCAGGUUGCUUCGAGGAGAUGGAUGUCUAGGUUGAUUCCAAAUUUUUUGUUUGGCCUUUUCUCAAAGAAGAUGGCUCCACUGUGGGAUGACUCUGCCGCUGCUUUGAAGUCGAUUAGUGAGCACGUAGAUGGAGAGAAGAUAGUUUCGGAUCUGGCUAUCCAGUGGCUUCAAGAGAAAGGGUAUACACCAUCCGUUGGAGAUGAGGAAGAUGACUCCAAUACGGACUCGUUCGUGGCUGGGGAAUACCAAUGCUUCAAUGCAGCCCAGGUUGAAAAUGUCGGCACCACGAAUUUCGAGGCUCCCGAGGCUUUCUCGACCUUAAACCAGCGCCUUGAGAAGGACCAUCACUUCUCAGAGGUUAUCCCAGCUGCCCCUCGAACUCAAGCCUUACGUGUCCUUAAUGCUGCACCAAACAUCGCCGAAAAACGGUCUCGCCAGGUUGUUCCCUUGUUCCUGUCCUGGGCAACACGCGAUGAAGAAGAUAUCACUUCUGCUACUGAUUCAAAAUCUUCUGACUCCACGUCCUACGUCCCUUGGGGCUUCCAUGAUCGACUAGCUUAUCUUGCUCUUUUCGGUCAGUACUUGAAUCCCCGCGUUCUAUUCAGGGCUUCGGAAGUGCACGACGCCCUUCUUGGGUUGCUCUGCCAUGGAAAUUCCGAAAUUCAGAAGUCUGCUCUCAAAGCUCUCUUUACUUGGAAAUCGCAGAAUAUUAUGCCGUACAAGGAAAACCUUUUGAAUAUUCUUGAUGAAUCGCGAUUUAGGGAGGAGCUUUCUGUAUUCGUUCACGUUGGUGGGGAGGAUAGUAUGAUUGAAGAAGGUCACAGGGGCGAGCUGCUUCCCGUUCUACUUCGAAUUCUCUAUGGGCGAAUGAUCUCAAAGGCUGGCGCAAGUGCAGGUCAAGCUGGUCAAGCAGGACGACGAAAGGCAGUUCUGAGGGCUUUGGCUCAGUUGCCUGAUCAUGAAUUUGGUAUCUUCAUGCGGGUCUCAUUCGGGCCUCUUGGCGACGUUCACCUGAUUCAGAGUGGUGAAGUGGAGCAGGAGGCGUUCACACGAGAAUUGGCUAGUCCAAGGAGGCAAAUGGGUUUGCUAAGGAUGAUAGAAACGGUUUUCGAGGCACUACAGAGCAGGAUGGCGCCUUAUGCGGAGCAGUCCAUGCAAGUGGUCCUAUACUGCCUGGUUCGAGCAUGUCGAGAAUUGGAAAAGUCGCAACCGGAAAAUGUGGUCGACUCUCAGAAGGGGAAACUAUUAACAGUGUUGCGCAAUAUUCGAUCUACAUGUAUCAAGUGCUUGGAACUUAUGUUCUCCAUCUCGCCGGAACGAGAUUGGACACCUUUUGUUCGUGUGAUCUUUAACGAGGCAAUUAACCCCAGACUCGAAAAUUUCGCAACGGAAACAACUCAGGGCAUCUCUGGUCUUCUUAGACUAUUCCGUACUUGGGCUGCUACCCCCAAAUCGUCCUUUUACCUUGUCCGACAUAAUGAUACCCUACUGACGAAGAUCGUGGACUGUCUUAGUGUGGAUUCUACCCGGGAUGAAGUGAAGGUGUUUAUUAUGGAUGAAAUCCUGGUACCACUAGUUGGACUCGCUACUGGGAAGGAGCUCGAAGAACAGGAGAAAAUGGGCGACAUCCCGGCUGACGAGAUCCGUUCCGAGGUUCUAGCACCUUACUUAGACCACGCCCUUUCUCAUCUAGGCAAUUUGUUGAAGCGGGGCCCUUCUCGACUGGUCUUGAUAUCUGGGGUUCAAGCUCUUUCUAUUAUGGCCCCAUGUGUCGAAUCAUCUAAGGAAACUUCCAGCUUGGUUAGCAUAACCACGUAUCUUCUCCGCCAACCUCCGGACCGCGUGUCCCCAAAGACUAAAUCUGGUCUGCUGCGGAUCCUCGAGCACUUUUUGCCUCUGUAUGACCCCAAGGAGGAUUCAAAGCUUUUCCAUGAGGUCUUUGAAGCAGUUUCUUCCCUGUUCGACUACUUCAGGGAUCAAGCGAACCGAGAGGUUCUAUCCAGGGUUUUCGCCGCUUUUGCCAAACAUGACCCUGAGCUCGCCAAGGUUGCUGCUCUUUGUGAAGACUUAAACUCAAUCUCUCGAAAGAAGUUGGAGGUUGAUUUCGAACGUCGGUUGCAGGCUUUCAGACAAGUCAACGAUGAUCUCUGGGAGAAGUUCAAUGCUCGUCAGUGGCGGCCUAUCCUCUAUAAUAUGCUCUAUCACGUCAAAGAUGACGAGGAACUUGCCAUCAGAUCGAGUGCUUCGUUUGGAUUGAAAAGAUUCAUGGAAAGGGCUAUUCUUACUACCAACACCGACCUAGAGGAAUUCGAGCCCCUUGUAAAGGAUGUUUUGUUCCCUGCCUUGCAGAAUGGAGUUAGGCAGAAAUCAGAACUUAUCCGGGCUGAGUUUAUCUCUUCGUUGGGCUACUUCGUCAAGCUCAAUCCUAACAGACCAAACGUGCAGGACAUGCAUGACCUACUUGUUGAUGAUGACGACGAAGCCUCUUUUUUCACUAAUGUCCUCCAUAUACAACAGCAUCGCCGUCUCCGAGCCCUACGACGUCUUGCCAGCGAGGCAUCCAAAGGCAAACUGCAGGCUUCAAAUAUUAGCACAAUUUUCAUUCCUCUCAAUGAACACUUUGUGUUUGAUGAAGAAGCUGAUGAGGCCACCCACAAUCUGAUAGCAGAGGCUGUGGCAACUAUUGGAGCUCUUGCAGAAUGUCUUGACUGGAGUCAGUUCAGAGCUAUCUUCCGCAGAUAUAAAAGUUAUAUGCAGAGUAAGCCAGAAAUGGAGAAGAACGUCUUGAGGCUCCUAGGCAGGAUGUCAGAUGCCUUAACAACCGCGAUGAAUCAAAUCAGUGCACCCAAAACGACCACUGAAGAUGAAAUGGAAGGAGUUGAAACUUCAGUGGCUUCUCAAUGUAACUUAGCUCGGUCGAUCCCUUCUGCAUCCAAGGUGGCAACCGAGUUGACCACCAACUUUACGCCUUUCUUGACCAAUUUUAUUCACCACAAAAAUGAAGCGCAGAUGAGCCUGCGCUUGCCUGCUGCAGUCACCGUCAUUAAGCUUUUGAAACUGUUGCCGGAGCAAGAUAUGACCAUUCGAUUGCCACCCGUCCUUUUGGAUGUUUGCAGUAUUCUGAAGAGCCGUUCUCAAGACGCCCGGGACACUGCCAGAAAGACCCUGAACGACAUCGCUCUAUUGAUGGGUCCAGUGUACUUUGGAUAUAUACUCAAGGAGCUCCGGACUACUCUCACAAAGGGUUACCAACUGCACGUUCUGUCUUUCACUGUCCAUUCCAUUCUUGUAGCUACGACGGAUGACUUUCAGCAAGGAGACCUGGAUUACUGUUUGGCGGAUUUGAGCUCUGUGGUAAUGGAUGAUACUUUCGGUACUGUUGGCCAGGAGAAGGAUGCAGAGGACUACGUGAGCAAGAUGAAGGAGGUCAAGAGCAACAAGAGCUACGACUCCAUGGAACUCCUGGCAAAGAACUCUACUGUUGGGAACCUGGCGAAUUUGAUCAGGCCCUUGCAGUCCCUACUCCGAGAGAAGCUGACCUCUACCAUCGUGAGAAAAGCUGACGAGCUUUUGCGGCGAAUCGGUGUUGGUCUUUUGCGAAACCCCGGCGCAGAGAGUCGCGACAUCCUGAUGUUCUGUUACGAAGUCAUUAAGGAGUCAUACCAACAACCAGAGCAGACUGAGAAGCGAGCUGUAUCUGCUGCCGAAGAACACUUCUUGAUUAAAAUUCAUGGUGCGAAGCGAGGUGAAAAGCGAGGCACCACUACCUCCUACGUCCACAAGUUGACUCGUUUCGCCCUUGAUGUUCUUCGCUCGGUGUUAAGCAAAUUUGAUUCCUUGCUUACACCGACGAACAUGGCUGGAUUUCUCCCUGUUAUUGGUGAUUCUUUGGUCCAGGGUCAGGAGGAAGUCAAGAUUUCUGCUCUUCGACUGCUCUCUACAAUGAUCAAGCUUCCUCUGCCUGAGAUUGAUAAUAACUCUCACGUUUAUCUCACCGAGGCUGUCAAAUUAAUCAAGGAGGCGCCGAGUACAAGCACCGAAGCUGCGCAGGCAUCCUUGAAAUUGAUUGCAGCCAUGCUACGGGAGAGAAAGACCAUAAAGCUAAGGGACGGACAUCUUGCAUACCUUCUACAGCGAUUAACUUCCGACAUCGAGGAGCCAGAUCGUCAAGGCAUCACGUUCAACUUCAUCAGGGCUGUCAUGUCUAGGAAAUUCGUUGUUCCUGAAAUGUACGAACUGAUUGACAAUAUCGCUACCAUGAUGGUUACCAACCAGUCUCGCUCUGCGCGUGAUCUAGCGCGAGGCGUCUACAUCCACUUCCUGAUCGAAUUUCCCCAGGCCAAGAACCGGUGGACAAAACAACUGGCUUUCCUGGCCAAGAACCUGGAGUACAAGCAUUCGGACGGUCGACAAUCGGUCAUGGAGGCUAUCCAUAAUCUGCUGUCCAAGACCGGGCAGGAACUAGCUCAGGACAUAGUUGGCACGUUCUUCCUGCCUCUGGUCAUCGUCAUGGCAAACGAUGAUGUUCCUGAGUGUAGAGAGCUAGCCGGAGCCCUGCUCGGUCAGUUCUAUAGUCGGGCAGACAAUGAAACAAUGAAGACCAUUCUCAUUCCUCUUCAUUCCUGGUUGGAACAAACAGAUAACUUGCUUUUGACCAGCACUGGACUACAGGCCAUGCGGAUCUACUUCGAGGUAGAGGAGACCAAGAAGGAGAAGGAGGCCCGCUUUGUCAGAGAGAUUCUCCCUAGCAUUAUGCAGCCAGUGCUGAAAGCCGAUGACACAGGUAAUUGGCAGACACUUUACUUCUCUCUCCAGCUCUACGCGAAAGUUUGCAAGAGUGCCCCUACGAUCGGACUGGUCAAAGAAAGCACAACAAACUGGACUGCUAUUCGGGAAUGUCUCUUUUAUCCACAUGCCUGGGUCAAAACAUGCGCGUCGAACCUUGUUGGAACUUGGCUUGCAGACCUGGCCAAGUCAAAUGCAGCAAAUGGUUACAGCUCACUGCCAUUGGCGAACGCCGCCGGGUUGGCCCUGGACCGAGAGGCGAUGCUGCAGUUGAUCCGUGCCAGUGUCCGCUGUCUUCGGACCCCUGCCGUCAGCGAGGAGCUUGCCAUGCAAACUGUGCGCAACAUAAUUUUCAUUGCCCGGUGCUGCGCUCAGAACGGCCUCGAGUUUUCUCGCAGGGGAGACAAGGCUACCGAAUCAGACGCUAGCGACAGCGAAGACGCCGAUGACGAGGACAAGGAGGAACAGGCAACCGGUUCAUCUAAACCCGCUAUCCGAUAUAUCUUUGAGCAAGUGUCCUCCGUACUACGUCGGGAAUUGCUUACCACUCGAGCACAAUCUUUGAUCCCGAAGACCGCUUCCAUUGGUCUUCUAGCAUCUCUUUGCCGCCACCUUGAUGCCGAGCAGAUCCAGCCCUCUAUCCCUAUCAUCCUUAUCCCUCUUCAGCAUAUGACCGACUCAUCCAUUCCGCCACCCCGUUCAUCCGACCCGGUCUUCAAAGAAUCGUACAAGGCUCUUGUGUCCAACUGCCAUGAGGUGUUGGAUCUUAUCCAGAAGAAGCUGGGUACCACUGAAUUUGUGAACCAAAUGGCCCUUGUCCAAGAGAACAUCAAGGAGAAACGUGAGGGCCGUCGUGUGAAGAGACGUAUCGAGGCAGUGACGGACCCCGAGAGAUUCGGGCGUGACAAGAAGCGGAAGAACGACCGCAAGCGUGAGAAGAGAAAGGAGAAGGGAAUGGAACACCGGGGCAGAAGACGUGGAUGGUAA